UAUUUCAGCCUUUAAAUUGUAGAAAAAAAACCCCAUGUGCAGCACUGGAGCAAGCAGGUCUGUAAGAUUUUCUGGCACUGUAAGGGGAGUCUGUUACACCACUCAGUAUUUUCUUUCCUUUCUUUUCUCUUCCUUUCCUUUAAGCUAACAUCCUUUUCCUGUGCCUGAGGGAGAAGGCAGUUGAUAAAAGCCGAGUUCCUGUUCACAGAUAAGUUUAGAAGGCGGCUGAGCUCCGAAGUUCCCUGAAUAAGCUAUAUUCCUACCACCUUUUUUUCCCCCCCCGUCAGACACGUCUGAGCCCCACACAGGAACCAGGCUCACAUUGUUCGAUAGCCACGGACGUUUCCACAGUAGCUGGGAGGGUCGAAAGCUCUUUCCGCUCUUUGUUACAACAUUUUUUUUUUUUUUUCCUUCCUUCUUCCAACUUUCCAGUUAAAGAAAAUCGCUGGGGCAUUUCUGAAUUAAUUCGGGCUGAGCUUCAGAGGAAAGAACAAGAGACAGGUGUAACUGGGUGGGAAAAAACCCCAGGAUGCUGGUGAAGCUUUUGCUGCUCUGUAACACAAUAGGAUUGGCAAAGCUGGCCGAACGCUCAGACCAUCGUGGACAUCACGAUGGUUCGGUGCACAGCUCAAAGCCACGACUUUAUGACACCUCUGCACACCCCCAGAGGACUCCUCUGUCACACCAAGAAGAAGGUUAUUGGGAGGCAGAAGGGCUCAGGGAGGAUACUCAAGAUUACCCUUCAAGUGUGAUCUCCUCACACCAGGAAGAGAGAGGGGAUUUUGAAGCUGCGAGCCCCCAGUCCCGAAAUGGGAACUGGUGUUCCUUCACGCAGUCCCGGCUGGUGACAUACAUCGAAGCCUGCAUGAAGGAGAAGUACAUUGUCAACUCCCAACAGCCCUGUCCAAAUGGAACCCCUGACUGCCAGAAGAUCAUGUACAGGACAGCUCUGAAGCCAGUCUACCAAGUGAAACAGAAGGUUUUGAAGUCCUUGCAGUGGAAAUGCUGCCCUGGAUUUAUUGGCAAGGACUGUGAACAGCAUGAUCCUAAUUUUAUUCUGGUGCCAGGAACUGAAACCGAAGGACGAGAAGAAGAGUUCUCAAACCACAUGUCAACAUCAGUGGAUCCCAGAGAAAUGUUCGAAGUCAUUCAAAAUCAUGAGGCUUUACUGGAUGAUCUUCAAAGUGAUAUUCAUCAAGCAGUCAGCAACUUAGGGGACUUACAGAGGCUAUUUGAGAACAACGGUACGAGCAUGGUGUUAGAAGUGAACGAGAGCAAUUCAGAUCCACAGGAAAGGCUUCUGCAGCAAGUUUUGUUUCCCCAUGUGGAGAAUUUUCUAAGAAAACAUUUCAACCCAAUGUGGGCAACCUUCAACAGAAGCUUACAGAACCUCUCCAACAUAGUCAGAAACCUGUCCCAUGACGUGGAGGCCAACAAGAGAAGCAUAGAAAGAUUCCGAGAGAGCUCUGUGCCCAAGAAGGAAUUCCAGGAGCUGGGAACUAAGUUUGAAUCAAAAGUCCAAGAAAACAUAGUGAGAGCUGACCAGGUGAAAAGAGAUAUAGAAAGCCAACUGCACAUGCAGCAGGCCAAUAUUCACUAUAAUCUCAGCAUGAUCAAGGCAGAUACCGACACAAAGCUGAAGAAGUUUCAUAAGAUACAGCAGUCCCAUUUCUUAGCUUUGAACAACAGCAUAGCAAAUGUGAAACAAGAGCAAAACAAUCUUGAAAAUAAACUGGAGGCUUUGGAAAGAAAUUUAACAGAACUCUCUUUACAUCAUGGUCCCAAAGAUGAAAACAGCCAGACAACCAUCAGACAAAUAAAUGACAUUCUGUCAGGCCAUGCAAAGCAGCUUAAAGAACUUUACAUGGAGUCAGAUGUGGCCUUUGAGAAUAUUGCAGUUUUAGAGAGGUGGUUUAAGGAGUUAAAAAAAAAUAUCUCAAAGUAUAGGCCAGAGGAUCUUACAAUAACUUUAACUGAGAAAUCAGUUAUCAUGGAAGAAAACAACGCAGCAAUGGAAAGGCAAAUAUCAGAGUUCAACUACACUCUGUCAAACCUUCAGGAAAACUAUUCAGAUCUGUUGAGGUACAUGGAGGAAUGUAAUUGCCAGAGAAUAUCUUCUGACACUGAUGUACUGGAGGAAGAUUCAAAGAAUAUCACUUAUUCCCUUGAAGGCACCCAGUCAAAUUUAAAGGACAUGAAGCACUUAGAGUCAGUUCUCAGAGAUCUCUUGAGGAACGAAAUUGAAGAGCUCUCCUCAGCUAUUCCAUCUAUCCAUCUGUCUCUUAAUCUCCGUCAAGAAGAAAACAGACAGCUUCAGUCACAAGUCACAGCUUUUUCAGAGGACAUAGGCUUGAUGAAGAAGAGAGAUGAAGAAAUUCAUAGACACAUCAAGUAUCUCAACAGUUCUUUUGGCUCUCUUUUGGAAGAUGCAAUGAGGCAUGAAGUAGCACUGGAGGCUUUACUGAAAGAAGAAUUUGUGGAUGUCUUGUUUGAAGACGAUUUUAGCACCCUAAUUCCAUCAGUAUUUGAGCUGCAAGAAUCCCUCAGACAUAUCUCAGAUAAACUCCAAGAACAAAAUGUGACUUUAGAGUCUCUCAUAAGGAGAUCUCAUCUCUCAGAGAGAGGCCAACAGAAUAGCCAUAAUGCCCAUACACCUCCUAACCACCCCAGAGAAGAAACACAAACGCCUUCUACUCUGGACGAAGUCAGCAGUCAGCGCAGCAUCAGAGAGCACAUGGAACCCAACUACGAGGCUGCCAAAGACGACUCCCUGGAUAGCUCAGCUUACAACGACAUCAUGACUCUGAAGAACGACAUCAAACACCUCAGUCUGGCAAUCAAGAGUCACGAAUCCAGAAGUGACGCGAAUCUCUGCUGCAAUCACACAAUAGCAAAUGUGAUCGAGCCGCUCAACAGCUCCCUGGGAAUUCUCUCGGCAGAUUUAGCAACUGCCAAGCAGCAUCUGGACGAACAUCUGCUGAUUUUUAAAAAGCUAUUUGGAAAUAAUGAAGAAUUAGUUGCCUCAAAGAUAAGUCUGGAUGUUACAAAGAUUCAGUCAAUGCUGAACAGAAAAGAGAGAAGGCAACAGAAAGGUCAAGACAAGCAAAGAGACAAGAAAAGGCCUGAGAAGCACAGAGAAAAUGUGCAAGGGAUAAGUGGAAGAAAUACAGUGCAGACAGAACGUUUGGAAAAAGACUCCUUGGUGGCAUUCCACGUGGGAUUCUCAGAAGGAAAAGAUAACGAAAAAACUGUGAGGUUUAAUGAAACAUACUUCAAUUACGGGAACAGCUAUUUCCCUGAGCACGGCCACUUUAAAGCACCACAUAAAGGCAUCUACCUGUUUGUCAUCUCUGUGGAGUUCAGUUCAGGACCAGCACUGGGACAACUUUCCUUUAGCCGUGGGUACAAAAGAACUCUCUCCAGUAGUCAGAGGAAAACACCAAAUGGCAACACCAUGACCACUUUUGCUAUGGCAGAAAUGGAGAAGGGGGAGACAGUGAGCUUUGAAUUGCUGCAGGGCUCUGUAGUGAAGAGGAGUCCACCUGGGACAACUAUGGGUGGAUUCCUAAUAUCUAAAACUUGAAUAGUGACAUUUAUGUUUUGUUGACCUCUUUCCAUAGAUGCAAUGGAUCCAUUCAGUAUUGCUUCAUCUGUGAUGUAUUCAAUCCUACUGCAUGUGUUUAAACAUAGCACUACCCUAGGUUUGUCUUCAUGCUUCUUUUCUGGAAGUGUUUGGCUUUGGAUUAGUUGCUUAUGAGCAGCAAUGGGAUUUUCUUUCAAGUGAAAAGCUAAUGGUUUGGACUCCACAUUCCCAAACCCUUCCACUGCGAGAACUGCACUUAAAACAUUUUGUGGGACUUUCUUCACUCAUAACACGUAAUUUCUCCUUUCCCUUGACAAAUUACCCCCACUACUGGCAAGGAAAACAUUUUAGAGAGGACUGCAAAGAGCAACUCUGGUACUAUGUGAAUGGUACCUUAAAACCCAGAAGCCAGGGCAAUUAUACCUUUUAGUUCUCUAUGGACCACAGGCAGGCUUGACCAUCUUGGAAACUUCUGCAACUCAUUCCAGUGUUUCAGUCUGUGCACAGCAUGAACAGUAGUAGAGAUCUGUCAAAGCCAGUGAGAUUCACUCUAUGCUCACAUUUGCAAGCAAGAAUAUUCUAAACGGCCCAGUCCUUGUUUCUGGGCCUGUGUUGUAUUUCAACUAAACUGCAAAAAUUUAACAGUAUUUUAACAUUGUUAAGAAGAAUUACAUCUUCAUAAUUUAAAAAUAUUGGUGAAAAUGCAGUUUAUUUCUAAAGAUAAUCCUGAAGACGAUCAUGAAUUCAGCCCAGAGUCCUGCAUUUAGUAAAUAUUUUAAAACCAGGCAAGUAACCAAAACUA